GUUCCCAUUUUCCCAGCAUGCAAUUCUUCUUUAUUUCACUUUCAGUUCUGUGUUUCUGCUGAAACUGCUCCGAGCUCAAAACGGCACCGUAAGCGGGUUUCCUGAUUUGCUUGUCACCAUGAUUGCAGCUGGUCUCCUGUUGCUGUUUGUUCUCCUCCCUCCAACAUCACAACUGCAGCUACCAGACCGUAGUUCAUCCAAGAUUCCUCAUGUAGCCACAAAUGGCAAACCCUUUCCCUGGAAUAGCAUGAGACUUCCAAAAACAGUCUCACCCCUCCACUAUAACUUGACUGUUCACCCAAACUUGACGACGCUCGACUUCACCGGUGUUGUUCGUAUCUACCUGGAGGUGCACGAACACACUAACACCAUUGUUUUGCAUGCCAAAAAAUUGCAGGUAUCCAAUGUUCUUCUCCUAGCACCUGAAGGUGUGAGACCUCUCCAGGUUCUGGAGUAUCCUCUUUUCCACCAGCUCGCUCUGGUGUCAGACAUGAAGCUGACCAAAGGCAGCAAGUAUGAAGUUCAGCUUGAAUUUGCUGCCAACUUUUCUGACAGCUUCCACGGUUUCUACAAAAGCACGUACCACACCAGCACGGGGGAUGUCCGGGUUCUGGCAUCUACGCAGUUUGAGGCGACUUUUGCUCGCGCUGCCUUUCCCUGUUUUGAUGAGCCUGCCUUUAAAGCCUACUUCACCAUUCAGAUAAUACGGGAACCGCGCCACAUUGCUGUUUCCAACAUGCCUAAGGUAAAAACAGUGGAGUUGUCGGACAGUUUACUCGAGGAUCACUUUGACACCACUGUAAAGAUGAGCACAUACCUGGUGGCCUUCAUCGUGUCUGACUUCUUGUCCAUGAGCAAGACCACUCAGCAUGGCGUGAAGAUUUCAGUCUACGCUGUCCCUGAGAAGAUUGACCAGACAGCCUUUGCACUGGAAGCUGCUGUCAAGCUGUUGGACUUCUAUGAUGACUACUUUGGCAUUCCUUAUCCACUACCCAAACAGGAUCUGGCUGCUAUCCCUGAUUUCCAGUCAGCUGCGAUGGAGAACUGGGGGCUCACCACCUACAGAGAGACAGCCCUCUUGUUUGACCCUGACAAGUCAUCGGCUUCAGACAAACUGGGCAUUACCCAAGUCAUUGCACAUGAACUCGCACACCAGUGGUUUGGGAAUCUCGUAACAAUGGAGUGGUGGAAUGACCUGUGGCUCAAUGAGGGUUUUGCCAAGUUCAUGGAGUUUGUCUCUGUUGGCAUCAUCUACCCAGAACUACAAGUGGAUGACUUCUUUUUGGGGAAGUGUUUUGAAGCCAUGGAAGUAGACUCCCUCAGUUCCUCUCAUCCAGUCUCCACACCAGUGGAGAACCCCACCCAGAUCCAGGAGAUGUUUGAUGAUGUUUCAUAUGACAAGGGAGCCUGUAUUCUGAAUAUGCUUCGAGACUUCAUGACCCCUGAGGCCUUUGACAUUGGCAUCAUCCGUUACCUGAAGCGCUAUAGCUACCAGAACACUGUCAACAGCCACCUGUGGGAGAGCCUGACUAACAUCUGCAACCCAGACAGUGUGGAAGAAAGAAGCAUGAAACAGGUCGAAUUCUGCUCGAAACGCAACCUCCAAUCUGGAUCUACUUAUGUGGAGAAGUCGUACUCUGAUGAAUUGGACAUCAAGGCCAUCAUGGACACCUGGACCCUCCAGGAGGGCUUCCCUCUGGUUACUGUCGAGGUCAGAGGUCAAGAGGUCAGGCUACAUCAGGAGCGUUAUCUGAAGACAGAUGACAAGUCACUCACUAAAGGGUUUCUGUGGCAGAUCCCGCUUACCUACAUGACCAGCACUUCAAACACAGUCCACCGCUUUCUGCUGAAAACAGAGACUGACAUCCUGUAUCUUCCAGAAGAGGUGGACUGGGUGAAGUUUAAUGUGGACAUGAACGGUUACUACAUGGUUCACUAUGCGGGUGACGGUUGGAACACCGUUAUCCAACUGCUUCAUCACAACCACACAGCGCUCAGCAGCAAUGACCGUGCCAGCAUCAUCAACAAUGUCUUUCAGCUGGUCAGUGUGGGAAAGGUGCAGCUGGACACAGCUCUGGAGUUGUCCCUGUACCUGUCCAGAGAGACUGAAGUCAUGGCUGUGACUCAGGGCCUGGGUGAGCUCGUACCAAUCUACAAACUAAUGGAGAAGAGAGAUAUGGUGGCUCUAGAGAACCAGAUGAAGAGUUACAUCGUGGAUGUAUUCCUCGGGCUGAUUAACAAGCAGGAGUGGACCGAUUCUGGCUCUGUGUCAGAGCGAGUACUGAGAACCUACCUGCUGCUGUUUGCCUGCGUCAGGAAGUACCCUCCAUGUGUCACCAAAGCCACCCAUCUUUUUAACAAGUGGAGGGACUCGGAUGGUAACAUGAGCCUUCCUGCUGAUGUCACCAUGGCUGUGUUUGCUGUUGGAGCUCAAACACCAGAAGGCUUUGACUUCAUGUUUGAAAAGUAUCGCCAGUCACAGCAAAUGUCUGUCAAAAGCCGCCUGAAGCUCGCCAUGUGCAUCAGCCCACUGCAGGACAAGCUCCAGUGGAUAAUGGAGCAGAGCCUGCAUGGGGAUGUGAUGAAGACUCAUGACCUUCCAGGUGUGAUCACCUCAGUCGGCAGGAACCCUCAUGGCUACAAACUGGCUUGGAAUUUUCUCCGGACUAAUUGGCACACCAUCAUCAAGAAGUUUGACCUGGGAACCAACUCCUUAUCACACAUGGUGACCGGGGUGACCAACCAGUACUCUACCAAGGAGAUGCUGGAUGAGGUGCGAAGCUUCUUUGGCUCAUUGACUGAAGACACGGGUUCAGAGAUGAGGUGUAUUCAGCAAACCUACGAGACCAUUGAGGAUAACAUCCGCUGGAUGGACACAAACCUUCCUCUGCUCCAGUCCUGGCUCGACAGACGCACCCACAGACUCCUGCAUGAAGAUUUAUAGUGCCAGGUCUCUGAAUUUUGUCAUUUGUCUCUGUUGUCUCAUGUGAGAUUCCCCCAGUUCACACUUCAUCCACCUCUGACUUCCACAUCAGUUUUCUGCUUUUGGUUUAUGAAUUUAGUUGUGGUCACUGUUUAGUUCUUGUUGUAGUUUGUGUAUUGGUUGCUUUCUUAUUUUGUUGUAAAGGUACCUUGACACUUGCGCAAAUUUGAUCCCUGCACUGGCACGCAAUCUGGCCAGAGAGUAAACUGUGCGUGAGCUGAAUGGCAAAUUUCAAAAUUUCAAAGAAAAUUUUGAAAUGUUCAAAAUCUCUGACAUGCAUUAAUUUUGUGAACUAGAUGUGAAAGUUGCGGAAUCUGUUCGAAAACACUGUCACUGUGAGUCAGUACGUCUCAUUGCAGCACCGCAGCGCAUCUGAAUGAUUAUGACAUUUAUAAAAAAACAUAGUUUUACGGUACAUUAUCUAAAACAUAAGAAGGAAUGAAAAUAGUGGUUUUACCAAUCCAUUACAAGAUAAAUAUUAUAAAUAAUUACAUUUGAGAUGAUUCCAAAUGCUUUCUGCCCCUCAUGAAGCACAGGAGAAAAGCUGCAACUGCAGAUAAUUCCUCUGUGAUUCCGAGAGCGAUUAGAAAAUUAUUACAAAAUAAUUAUUUUAUGUAACACCGCAUCCAGUGGAACUAAGCAGAUUGCAUUGGUAUGAUGAACUGCAUGGCAGUGUGGGGGUUAAAUGCGUGCAGAGGUCAAGGUGCCUUAAGUCUUUACAUUUGUUUUCUACUGUUUCACUUUACACGGUUGAGCCCCACGUUUUGUUUUUGCAUCAUGUAUUGUAGUUUUGUGAGUCUGCUGUCUCUCUGUGUUUUUGGUUAGUGUUCGGUUUUAUUUUUCCACUCACCUACUGAUGUCUGUUUAGUUUUAAAUCACCUUCUUUUCUGUUGAUUUCCACGUGUGUCUUUUGUCCUGUUUUCUUAAUUUCCUGUUGUUUGUUAAUCAUAUGGUAUUUAAGCUGGCUUUGUUCCCACGUUCAUUCUCCUAGAUUUGCGUCAUGAGUAUUUGUAUGCCUUUUCGGAUCUUCCUAUCAAACCCUGUGUUUAGCCGUGUCUUUAGAGGUUGUGUGCUUUUCUUUUGUGAUUUUUCUCUGCAUGUUUUGCCACCUGCACCAUCCUGUUGUUAUCCAGUUUGUUUGUUGCCACCCUCUGCCUGCAUCCUGGUUUGUGUUAUUGUUAUUUGAGUCCGGGUUAGUUUCUCAUCAUUGGUUUGGACUGCUUUCAUGUGGGUUUUUGACAAAUAAAUCACCUAUGAUUUUUCACUUA